AUGAGACUGAGCGUUGGGCAAGUCGCAGGCGUCAUCAACGUGGGAGUCGUGUUCUUACAACUCACUUUCCCGUUACUCCUGGUAUACAUUUUAGCAGGACUUGUCUCAGAAUCUAGCAACGCGAUAACUUGGUCAGUUACUGGGCGUUUCAUAAACGGUUCCUGGUGGCCAACGAUAUUGAAAACUGACGGGGCCGCGACAUCAAAAGUCAGCAAAAGAGUGGUCGUCAUCUCGACACUUUCUACCAUUGGUCUCCUCCUUCUAGCGACCGCGGCGGUUGUCACUCCCCUCGGGCUCUACUCUAGAAUUACCGCGACGUCGAUACAAUCCGAUGCGUUUGCAUCAGCACAGGACACGUCUCCUUUCGGACAAGCAACAUUGUCCAGAGACGAUUACAAUACCAGCCGCAUGUGCGGCUGGUGGACGUGGAUGUCCUGUCCAGGUCAGAACCAUGGUUUCUACAUGACUCAAAACAUCUCAGGCUCGUACAUCAACUGGGAUUCUGACGAUGCGUACAUAAGCUCUGUGGUACCAAACAACCUUAGCGCCAUCUUUUCAAGUGGACGCAAUGGCGAUCGAUCUACCGUGGCCACCCCUUUCGAUCUCGAGUACAGGUCGUACACUCUGGCGAGUGAUGAGAAGAAACAGAACAGCGUGCUCCUAAAUUCCACUGCCGUUGAACCUAGAAUUGAUCUAUAUGAGAAGCGAUGUGUAGGAGAUAUGCAAUAUGGCGACAUGCUCGUGCUAGCCAACGAUCUUGUGGUAAGAGAUGGAAUUGUUGCGGAUAUGAUAAAUGGCGGUCUCGGAUUCAGGAAUCAUACCAUCCCACUUGACGCGCACUCUGGUGCAGAAUGGAGCGAAAAUCUUUUGUGGCUGGAACCUGAAUCUGUGUGUGUAAGCAAUAACUUGUCUGUUGAGUUCAAGAUCCCAUCUCAAGGUGGUUCCCUCAGUGACGAGGUGUAUCUCGUUGAUCAAGGGGGGAUUGUCCAUAUGCAAGUGGGCUAUCCCUAUAUCGACCUCAAUCAGACACAGUUGGUACCACAGCUGUAUGGACGAGCUCACAAAGGAGCAGUACUGACCAAUUUCAACCUUGGUGCCCAGCUGAACGUCUCCGAAGCCCAUCCUAGCUUUGUUGGCAGAAGAUUUCUCCUUCCUAGUGCCUACUAUCAGCCUGGGGUGAUGAGCACAGGCACGUUUGAUAGCGGUAUCCCUGGCACGUUGAUGGACACAGAUCCCCGUCAAAACUCGUCUCUCAUUGAGAAUAUCGGUCUUACUACUCAAGGAUAUGGAGGUCAAGAUCACGCAAACAUUUCUCACAUUGCGAACCAGGGCGGAGCAGUACUUGGUGCAUUCUAUAAUACCGACGCUACUAACUCUGGUGGACGAUUUGAUCCAGGGACAAAUUACAGUGCACCUAUGUACUCUUGCUCAACAUCGAUAAGAGCAUUCAUCAUGAACGUUACGUUUUUCACGAAUGGGACGUCACUGGACGACUUGAAGGUGCAAGCCGCAAAGCCUCAAACAUAG